AUGUCCUUUGUAUUGUCACAAUAUCUGAAUCAGUUGUCUCUAUUACAAUAUAAUGUUCAAGUGCAUUUUAGUUAUCCUGUGAAGUACAUUCAUUCUUAUCAAACAACAGUAAUAAGUAAAUAUCGUAUGAACGAGUCUAAUGGAACAACAAGUGAACAAACUACUGUGGAACCCAAUAUUCGAACUUUUGCAGAAGAUCUGCUGACUCCUGUCCAACUCAAGGACUUCGAGUAUGAUUAUGCCAAUAUACAUUAUCCAGUUCCAUUCAAUAAGCUGGUUUCGGAUAUCUCCAAUCGAUAUGUUAAUUAUGGAGUGAAGAUAGAAUCAGUUCCAUUCGUUCUAACAGGUGAUAUACCCAAUUUUGAGAAACAAACAUCAGAAGUGCUAAUGAUGACUGGAGCAUCUGACAACCAUGCUUUGGGAUCGUUCAAUUGUCUCUUCUCUAUGGUAGUAGCAGAUCCAUAUGCUUCUUAUAUGUAUAUCGAUUUGGGAUUAUCUACAAGAUUCAGAAACAUUUUGUUUACUCAUUUUAAUACAAUUCAUCAAAUCCAAAAGAAAAUGAACUCGACUGGAUUCAUUGCAUAUCGUAAAUUCAAGUUCAACUCAUUUCCAGCAUGGAUAAAGCUUGCAGGAAACAAACAACAACGAGGUGGAUAUGCAUGGAAGGUAAUUCCAUUAGGAGAUGCCUAUUUUGCUUGGAAAGGCAUUGUAUUUUGGCUAGAUGGAGGAAGCUUGAUUCGCGAGGGAAUAAGUCGUGAAUUGACAAAUGUUCGAAUGGAUGGAAUUUACAGCCCACCUUCUUCAGGCAAUCAACAUAAAUGGACUUAUUUCGCUACAGCAAAAUUCUUAGUACGAAAUCAUUUGAUCGAUCGAUUUAACCCCAGGGAUCCAAAUGCAUCUGGAGGUCAUCUGAUUAUCGAUUGGUCUAACAAAACCGUAUUGAAUAAGGUAAUGAUUCCUUAUUAUCAGUGUGCUUUUACCCAAAAAUGUAUGUCACCUCGCGGAUCAAGUAUGAAGAAUCAUAGACAAGAUCAAGCAGUGUUGUCAGCCUUUUUAAGCAAUCUCAAAACUACUCGAUCCAUGAAUAGCAACUAUCUAGCUAUUCCUGGUUUACGUCUAGAGCAUAAUAACAAUUUUCAAAAGUGCGAAUUAUUAUUAGGCAAUGAACUGAAAACCAUACAAAACAAUUUUCAGAUAGAUGUAAAAAGUACUUUCAUUUCCAAAAAGAAAAUGAAAUACAUUCGAGUGAUGACAAAAUACGGAUCAAGGUCGGUUGAUAAAGCUUGGAAUCCAGCAAUCUAA